GUAUGCAGAAGAAAAGCUAAAUGAGUUGUACGCCAAAAAAAUGUUGGAGUUUCGAGCGCCUUUCUACACACUCGAAACGGCACCGUCUCGUGGCAUUGACUAGCGCAUGCUGCAACCUCCGUCGGGCGGUCAGCAUUCGGGAGGCACUGGAGGAGGAGACGAAGGAGACGGCGGAGGUGGCGGAGGAGACGGCUCACAGUUUGCCAGAAAGGGGACGGGCGAGACAUCGUCGAGAGAGAAGGCGUCCACCGGAAAGGGGUCCGGCGGAAAGGAGUCUGGCGGAAAGGGGUCGGGCGGAAAGGGGUCGGGCGGGAAGGGGUCGAGCGGGAAGGGGUCGGGCGGAAAGCGUAGAACGUCCGGGAGUCCGCAAUAUAUGGAAACUGACCCCCACUGCGUAGGGAGUCGAGAUUCCGACAUGCGAGAUGAGGCCACCCUGAGGUUUGAUCAAGUGCGAGUAGAUUCGCACUUGUCUGCGAGGACUUUGCUUCCCGUUGCCGAUGAGAGUCUAUCCCCUCAUGCGCAGCAGAGGUCUCCUGUGCUCAACACCUUGCUCCUGAAAGAGGGCGCGUCUUCGUUUUGCGUGGAGGGCGGGAUGCCUGCAUUGCGAAGGACCGAAGGUGCGACCUUCGAUUCCCCCGGCUCGGGCGACCGCCAUAAACUCCGAAUACAUUCAGAGUUGCUGACAUUGCCCUCCGCCAUAAGUGCUCCUCACGCAACAGUUCCGCGAGGUCAAGAAAAUGUGGCGUCCUGCCCCCCGCAUCUUCAGUUGGACACAGGGUUCCCCUACUCGCCUCCGUUCUUAUGUGUUGAGACUCGAGACUGGCGGUCUCGCGACGUGCUGGAGGGGCCCGCUGCAGGAGUGUGGGAGACCGGGGGUGGGGAGUACGAACAUCAUACUUCGGAGGGUGUGCUAGUGGACAGUGACAGCAAGAGUGCAGCGGCUCCUGGGGAAGAGGAGCGCUCUCCGGGAAUGCAUGUUGUACAUUGGGAAGAGGAGACUCAACGCUGGCAGUCUCGCAAAGUGUUGGAGACCGGGGGUAGCGAGAGUGAAUGUCAUGCUUCAAACGGUGCAUCCGUGGACACUAACAGCGAGAGUGCAGGAGCUCCGGGGGAAACGCAUGCUCUACAACAGGGAGAGGAGACUCGACACUGGGCGGAUCGCGAAGACGUGAAGGGGCUUGACGCACAAGCGCUGGUGAUCGAGACGUCGGAAGAGGUUCUGCACAGUCGCGGAGAACCCGUGGUGGAAGGCAGUGAGGUGACUGUCGAUAUCCAGACGGAUCCACAGCGGAAAGAUGAUGAUUCUUCGCCCGCCCGUUGCGGUGAAGAACAGGGUGGUCGAGCUUCUGUCCUAAGCACCGCUCGGCGAAUGGUGCUUCAUGAAGCCAUAGAGUUGGGUGACGACUCGGCUGCCACCGAGUUGGUUAGCGACUCAGGCGUGGCCGAGAUGCAGAACGCCGAAUCCUCCUUGGAAGGCGGUGAGGUGGCCGUCAGCAUCAAGAUGGAUCCAGAGCGCAAAGAUCAUGAUUCUCUGUCCACCCAUUGCAGUGCAGAACAAGGUGAUCGAGCGUCUGACCUCAGUACCAGUCGGGAAAUGGUGCUUCAUGAAGCCAUCGACUUGCCUAGCGACUCAGCUGCCUCCGAGAUUGUUAGCCACACAGCCGUGGCCGAGGUCCAAAACCUCGAAUCGUCCGUGGACGUUGGCGUAGUGGCGCGGCAGGAGGGCCAGUUCCCUCAAAGGGCUCCCGAGCACGGAAAGAUUUGUGAAUAGGAGCACUCGCAUAUUUGUCACUCGCCAGCUCUGUGUUCGUCCAAAUUGCUGUGAUGGGCUCAUGUACCUUUUACCACUU